UUCAAUGAAGAGUCCAUUUGGUAUUAGUGCGGAUAGCGAAUGAAACCUGUGAAAAUGAAGUUUGGUAUUUUGGCUGUAUUCUUUGUGGUGUGCUUUUCUUGUAUCUGUGCAGCACCGAGGGAAUCACCAGUUGAGGAUAUCAAAGAUGCUGAUAAAACCAUGGAAGUUGCUGGAAGAGAGUUGAUAGAACAAGGCCGAACUUUCGUUCAUCAUGCAGUUAAGAGGUUCAUGAUAAUCCUUCCAGCAAUUUUCUUCAAACUAGGAAUAGCAUUCACUCUUCUUCUCAUCGUAACCUUAGUUGCUGUCAACAAUGGAUUCAUCGGUUUCCUCCUUCUGGUUGUUGGAAUGAGCAGCGUGCUGGCCCGUCUUCAGGAAGCUAGAAGACCUGCAGUAGUACCUUUUGUUCAGUCGAUACCAUCAGCUUACCACCACCAUGGAUGGGAUAGAUCGGAUAACGCAGAUGUUCAGCCUACCACCAAGGCUAUAUAUGGUAGUCAAAGCCAGCAGGUUAUACCAAAUUAUGGAUAUUACACCAAAUAUGCGACUAAUGCUUGAAUUGUUCAAUUAUAGGACAUUUUUUUCGCGAUACAAGAACCAGGAGACUUUAUUCAUUCGUUGACUAAGUAAUGAUUCAAUCAGUCUACUUAAAUUUGUUGAUAAGUAGGUAUGCCAGAAUAACACUCGAUAUUCCAGGAUUGCAUUUGUCGAAUGAUUUCACAACUAAAGUUCCUAUACCUUACAUAAAUACUCAAAGCUUCAUUUCUGAAAUUAAGGCUAUUGACUGAAUUAACAUUAAUCCUUUUUUUUCAUUUUUAAAUCAGCAAGAAGUUUUUUGAAGAAUAUGUUGAAACAACUUCGUUAGUGAGGUCACAAAUAUCAAAAUAGAUCAUCUAAUCUGAAGACAAUAAUUUUGAACACGACAAUUCAGUAUGUAGAGGUAUUGAAAGUUUACUUACACAGGGCAUUUGUAAAUGUGAGUUUUUUUUUUGAAAAAGAUUCAUAUCAUCAAAGUUAAUCAUUUCACCAAAAAUUGCCUACGAAAAAUAGGCAAUAUAAAAAUAAUAUCAAAUUUCAAACUUGAAUACAAUUUCACAAUUUUUUGUUGUUGUUUUUGCUAGGGGGGAUCCUUAUCAACGAACUACUCUUUAAAAGGUCGAACAGUUUUGCAAUCUAAAUCAGAACAAACAUUCUCAGGAAAAUUUCUAGAAAUUAUUCGAAGCAGCACCUUAUUCGUAGGUUGAAAUCUAAAUCAUCAUCUUAUAUUUCAUGGAUUUUUUUUGUUGUGUUUCUUAGGUUUCAUCAAAAAAGGCGGUUCUUGAUGGUUUAAAUUUUUAUGAGUUUACUACCUUUUGAAAAACAAGACAAUUGAAUAAAAUAGACUUGUUAUUUUAAUAACAUCAAUCCUUUAAAUACAGUCUGGUCCAACGAGAACUUAACACUUCGAUAUUCCGGCUUUAAAAUGAAAAUUUAGAAAUCCGCCAAUUUCUUCGAGGAGGGAAAAAUUUUUCUUUCUUCGCAACCCCUUAACGUGGGUGAAUUCAACUCUUUGAUUUUGAAUGGGGAUGAGAGAUUUUGCGAUACCUCAUUUGAAGAUCUUAUCGUUUUAUCGAGUACCUAUACUAUUUGAACCUUAAAUUUCGAUUCAAAAUUUCCAUUGAUAACGAAAUGACGGGUAAAAUAGUGAAAGAAUAUAAACUACUAAAUACCUUUGAAAUGUGUCGGAUACGAAUAAUAUUUUCGAGAUAAAUUCCACAUUGCCUAUUUCACUAUUUUCGCUGUUAUGUCAUUAUCGAUGGAUAUUUUAAACUGAAAUUUUAGGGUCAUUUAGUACUGGAUGAGAUCUUCGAAAUAAGUUAUCGCAACACACCUCAUCCUUGUUCAAAAUCAAGGGGUCGCGCUCACCCCUGUAAGGGGGUUGAAGUUAGAAGUUACGGUGAUGAAAAAAGCGGAAAAGUUGUUCCCCCUCGAAUCAGAAAUUGACUGGUCUGAGCGAUUUCCCACAUUUUCAUUUUAGAGUUGAAAAAAUGGGGUGUUAUGUUUUCGUUGGACCACCCUGUAUAUACCAUAGUUUCAUAGUUAUCACAUAACUAACGAACCUAACAAAAGAUUUCUAGUAAAGUGUUAACAUUCCCACUCAAACAAUAUGUUCAGAAUAAUUGAACAAAACCAAUUUAUUUAAAAAUAUUAAGAAUUAAUAUGUUACGAACUUUUUUCAAGAAUUCAUUCGACAAAAAUAAUUAUAUUAUAAUGAGAUAAGGUUCUAAAAUACUUUGUGAUUUGCAUCAAAUUGAAAAAAAGGCGAUGAAAUUCACACAAAAAUCUAAUCUUAAUUCCAAAGGUGUUAGAAUUCCAUAGUUUUUGAUUCAGACUUAAGGUAAUAGUCAAAUAUCUCAAAGCUAUAUGUUAUUUCUCUAGACGAUUUUGAAUUUCUUGACGAGUGAAUAAAACUCUCAGAUAUGUUUGUUUAUUUACUUAUUGAUUAUAGAUAUUGAACCGACUGUUUAAUUUAUUCAUUAUUUUGUUCAUAUAGA